AUGGUUGCAGACAACGAACGUGAUGAACAAAUAAAAGCCAAAAGUGGCCAGGAUGCUGUUCACUACUUAUCCCUUCAGCGUCAUCUGAUCUUCUUGCUGUCGAUCAAAAGUGUCAUCUCCCUGGCAGUCAUAAUGCCUAUCAACUGGAGUGGAUUCUUACUAAGUCAAAACAGCCUGUUAUGGGUGCACCCAGUGUUUGCUGUUGUCUAUCUGAUCCUGACAGUUUUUGUUCUGAUAAAUCACACACGUCAAAUAAAAGACAGAAGCAAGGAGACGACCAGAAACACCUUGAUGUAUUGUUCAGUUCCUAAAACAGCAGCAGAAGAAGAAAUAAAGGAACAUUUCACAGAGGCGUACCCGAACUGCGAAGUUACAGCUGUGACCUUGGGCUUUGACGUGACCAAUAUUUCAAAUCUUGAUCAGGAAAGGAUUGAAUCAGGAGAACAUUUACGCUACUACGAGCUUGUCCUAGAGAAAACAGGAAAAUCAAAGAAGAUCCACCCUCUUGUGUGUAGCCACCUCUUUUGCUGUUGCGAAUUGGAGUUGGUUGAUGCCAUCGAGUUCUACGCAAAUAAAGAACAAGACCUGCUACAAAAGAUGAGGGAUCAGCUGGAAAAGAAACAACCACUUCCCCUAGGGAUGGCCUUUGUGACCUUUAAGACCAAUGCCAUGGCCAAGUUAGUUCUGAAAGACUUCAACGCUGUCAAGUGUCAUAAAUUCGGCUGCGGAAGGAGUCCCAAGUCUUCAUCCAAAAGCGAAGGUCUGAAAGUGAAGAAUUGGACAGCCGAAUUAGCAUCUUUUGCCAGAUCUAUCAAGUGGAAGAAUCUGGCAGUUAAGGGUUUCAAAUGGUGGGGUAAAUUUCUUCUCGUCAAUUUGGCUCUCUUUGCCCUGGUCACAUUCCUCACGACACCAGCCAUGAUGGUGAACACCUUGGACAGGUUCAACGUGACAGCACCCAUUACCAACCUCAUGGUUCCCAUUUUCAGUCAGUUCUUCCCCACUCUACUGCUGUUGGUGUGUUCCUCAUUGCUUCCUGCCAUAGUUUCACAUUCUACAGAUUUGGAAUCACGCUGGAGCAGUUCCAGCGAGCAGCUGAGCACGAUGCGGAAGCUCUACUUUUUCUUGAUCUUCAUGGUGCUCAUCCUCCCCUCACUAGGACUCACCAGUAUCGCAGGCUUAUUCCAAUGGAUGUUUCAACGCUUGAUCCACGGCGUAGGGACAGUGAGGUUUGCGUGUGUGUUCCUGCCGGACCACGCAGUGUUUGUUGUCAACUAUGUGAUCACAGCGGGUUUCAUGGGCUCUGCGCUGAUUUUGCUGCGGUUGCCAGAGUUACUGCUUUACAUCAUUCGUUUGGUAUUUGCACGCUCUGCAGCUGAAAGGAAAUACGUCACACAGAGCCAGGCCUACGAAUCUGAUUAUGGAGCCAUGUAUGGCUGGACCCUCUGUGUGUUCACCAUUUGCGUGGCUUACAGUUUAAUUUGUCCCAUAAUUACGCCUUGUGGUCUUCUAUUCGUGGUGAUAAGGCACUUUGUGGACAAACACAACCUGUACUUUGCCUACCUUCCCAACUCCCUUGAUAGCCAUGUCCACGUGGCAGCUAUCGAUAUGGUCUUGGUGGCACCCAUCAUCGGCCUGAUGUGGCUAUACUUCUACUUUUUCGACACAGCAGGUUUCUUGAGCUCCAUAGCAAUGUUCACCCUGGUGUUUCUAUCGAUCGUUGUCGUCGUCUGCAUCACACACAAGUUCUUUGGCAGUUUCAAAUACCUCAGCCCACAAAACUAUAAGGUGAAAGAAGAGGACAAGGAGGAGGUAGCUGAGGAAGAACAAGAGGGCUGA